CGCGCGGCGCGGCGCCGCGCGGCGACCAGCCUUCUCGGGGAAGUGACGAGGAAGUAAACGAGGUCGGCGAGCUCUGGUGGUCGGCCGGCAGGGAGAGACGUGCGGAGAGAGAGAGAAAAUAGAGUGCUAUGCGCGACCAACGUCCUCGGCGGAGCGCACCUCGCCGUCGUCGUCGUCGUCUUCCAUCUCCGGUCGCCUCCUCUCGCCGCUGCCGCCCCAGCGCGGCGUGAAGCGCACGCCAGAAGCGUGUCCGUGGCUCGCGCGUGGGUCGUGCGGGGACGCGCGGAGAAGGCAGGGGAGAGUUGAUGCGAUCGGGUGUAGAGCCGCGUCACGUGCAUCCGCGUAACUGUGUGUGUGCCUUUCUUCCUUUCCCCCGUGAGUGCCGAGUGCUUUUGUCGCUUCGACGUCGGCGGCCGGCGGAAUAUGCGGCCUCCUCGGGACGGUGGUGAUCUCGGUAUCUAGUCGCGGGACAGAAGCUCUGCUUCCGCGCGGAAAAGGGAGGAGGAGGAGGAGGAGAGGGAGGAAAUAGGCGCGAGCGCUCCCCCGUUUGUGAGCAUCACCAGGACAGUCCCGCCCCCCCGCAGUGCCUCCGUUAAUGCCAAAAUGUCGUCAGGGGCCUUCGUCGACAGGAUAGACCCCUUCGCCAAGCGGUCCCUCAAGAAGAAGUCCAAGAAGUCGCAGGGCUCCUCCCGCUAUCGCAACUCGCAGGAUGUCGAGCUCCAGCAGUUGCCGCUGCUCAAAGAUGUUAACGCUGCGGAGCAGGAGGAGUUGUUUAUCAAAAAGCUACGCCAGUGCUGCGUGGCGUUCGAUUUCAUGGACCCGAUGGCAGAUCUCAAAGGCAAGGAAAUUAAACGGAGUACGCUCAAUGAAUUGGUGGAAUAUAUCACAGCAGGGCGAGGUGUCCUCACCGAGCCCAUUUAUCCGGAAACCAUCAAAAUGGUGUCUGCAAAUCUAUUCCGUACAUUGCCACCUAGUGAAAACCCAGAUUUUGAUCCAGAAGAAGAUGAUCCGACCCUGGAAGCGAGUUGGCCCCAUCUUCAGUUGGUCUAUGAAGUCUUCCUCCGUUUUCUCGAGUCUUCAGAUUUUCAGCCUGCUAUUGGCAAGAAAGUUAUUGACCAAAAAUUCGUGUUACAGUUGUUGGACUUGUUUGACUCGGAAGAUCCCAGGGAAAGAGAUUUCCUGAAAACGGUUUUGCAUCGUAUCUAUGGCAAGUUCCUGGGUCUUAGAGCCUUCAUACGCAAACAAAUUAACAACAUUUUUCUGAGGUUCGUAUACGAAACGGAACAUUUCAACGGGGUCGGUGAACUUCUUGAAAUUUUGGGUAGCAUUAUUAACGGAUUCGCUCUUCCCUUAAAAGUUGAGCACAAGCAAUUUUUGGUUAAGGUGCUGUUACCACUACAUAAAGUGAAAUGUUUAUCGCUCUAUCACGCGCAGUUAGCUUAUUGUGUGGUGCAAUUUUUGGAAAAAGACGCGACUUUAACAGAACCAGUUGUACGAGGCCUCCUUAAGUUCUGGCCUAAAACGUGCAGCCAGAAGGAGGUGAUGUUCCUUGGUGAAAUCGAGGAAAUACUGGACGUUAUAGAACCUAAUCAAUUUGUUAAAAUACAAGAACCUUUAUUCAGGCAAGUCGCACGUUGCGUGUCGUCACCACACUUUCAGGUUGCGGAGAGAGCAUUGUACUUUUGGAAUAACGAGUAUAUAAUGUCUCUAAUUGAAGAAAACAACCAAGUAAUAAUGAAGAUUAUGUUCCCAGCAUUGUACAAAAUUAGCAAAGAGCAUUGGAACCAAACGAUCAUAGCUCUUGUUUAUAAUGUUUUAAAAACAUUCAUGGAGAUGAACAGCAAGCUCUUCGAUGAACUUACUGCCAACUAUAAGUUGGACAGGCAAAAAGAGAAAAGGAAGGAAAAGGAAAGGGAUGAGAUGUGGAAGAAACUGGGUGAGUUAGAACGACGCAACACUCUCGAACGUAAUGCUCUUACAGCUUCCUCCAAUAAUCCAGUUCCUGCCACUAACACAUCUAUGACGCGACCUCGUCCCUGAGCUGGUGGAAGUACGGUAUCACGCUGCCCGAUUGUUAGCUCUUAGUUUACGUCGGUUGUCCAUAUACUACACGCAAAAAAAUUCUUGUUAGUGAAACGAAGUGUCUCACGAAAGCAUUCUUGACGUAAUGUAAUUAAUUUUAUUAGUUGUGACCGAAAUGGCAGAAUAAUGGAAGCAGAGGAAAGAAAUGAAAAAGAGACAAUGCAGAGUUAAUCACGCAAUUUUAUUCUUUUUUAACAACAUUAACAACAACAAUAACAACAACGUGGCGAUUAGUGAAUUUCAAAUGGUUUUAUGUGUAUUUCGGGUAUUCACACUUUGGCUUUUCUUUCCAUUUGAGAACGGCAAAGGGUUUCCACUGCAUGAUGUACUCAGUGUCAGCACACAACAAUACAACAAUGCGUUAGUCCCUUCUUGACUAAGAUUUCGUUACUGCUCUCGGUAGGAGGGGACAAUCGUGGUGUAAAUUUCGGUAUGGACGAAGUUGUACACGUCGUUGUGAUCCUUAUGUUUAUUUCUGGAGGACGCGACACUUUGCGCACUCUCUCAGACGACCAGUGUGUCGCCUCCUGACUGACCCUUAUGCUGAUUCUUGCUGCUCCUGAUGGGGAGUCAGCGAGAGUGUUUGAAUAUAUGUAUCAUAUAUUCGUAUUAACGAUAAUGAUAAUUGUAACAGGUACGUAAUAAAAAAUUAGGUAAAAAUGAAAAAUAUAAAUAUAUAUAUAUAAAUAUAUAUAUAUAAUACGAUAUAUUAUAUAUAAAAAAUGAUAUAGAAUUAAUACGAGAUACAAAACAAAUCACAGACACACAUACACACAGACACAUACACAGAGGCGUACACCAAACUGCGAUAAAUGAGAAUACAUGUGUAAAACGUAUAUAGGCCGAUGUGCUACUAACAUAGAGACUGCUGUGACUGAGUGCCCGCGGCGAGUUGAUAGUGAAACAAACCUUUUUUCAUGAUCGUGUGGCCGCGGCGAGAGACGGCGUACACGAACACAAUAGUUAACGAGUGAUAAGGUUCAAUUCGCGCGGACGACGGCGGGAGAGAAGAUAUGUGAGAGAGGGAGAGAGAGAGAGGAAGAAAAAAAUAUAUAUAUGUUGUUUUCUAAUAGAAAGAGAGAGAGAGUGAGAGAGUGAAAAGAAGGGAAAAAUAAUGGGAGCGAGGGGACGAGAGGAGUAUACAAUAAAAAGAAAAAAGGAAAGACGAAACAGAUUUGAUUGUACCAAAAACAUCCGUUGCUUAUAAAUAUAAUUACGUGAUAGCGAUACAGAACGCGCAGGUGUAAGGAUCCACUUUCGGAGCUGUGCUCCCAUGCUGGCAGCCGUAGGGGGUCGUUUUUAAAAUUUCUUACCAUCGCAUAAUAGUAAUUAAUGAUACGAAUAACGAUAAUGGUAACAAUAAAGAGUAAUUAAACGAGAAAGAAAAAAAAUAAUAAACGACAAAGAUACACAAAUAAUAAUAGCUACAGGUAAAAUACGAUAGUUAACAGAGAUGGGUGACCGCUUGCUCAUACAUAUUUUCAUGGAGAUAAUCGGGGAGAGAGCGCACGAGAAUUGCCAUUGUUCACCGUUCCUCUUUUUUUUUCUUUUUUUUUUAAAUCCCGAUUGCUUUCCGAUGAUCUUUCUCGUCGAAUGUUUCUCACGAUUUGUACACGACUUUGUGCUCGCUUUUGUGUUACGCUCCGUUCACCUUCGCUACGUAAAACCUCAAGGAGACAGAGAGUGACAUAUACAUAUAUAAAUAUAUACAUAUAUAUAUAUAAUUAUUGUAAAAUAAUGUAAUGUGACUUUGAAGACGUAGGUGAGAGUCCAAGAGAAGAUUCUUUACGCGUAAAUAGAUACACAUUUAUUAAAGAA